GAACACAAAGCACCUGUUGCUGCUCUCCAGCCUCAACAAACUCUAAAGACGCGGACUCCACAGACUGACACAGAUAAAGAUGGCUUCCUUCAUGUGCAACACGCUGAUGUUACUCAUCUUCUGCAUGGCUCUGCACGAGGGUUGUGGACUCCCCUUAUCAGAGCGGGCAGAGCUGCCAGUUCAGGCUCCACAUCCACACGUCAGGACCAAACGCUGCUCCUGCAACAGCUGGGAGGAUAAAGAAUGCAUCUACUUCUGCCACCUGGAUAUUAUCUGGGUCAACACGCCAAGUAAACUCCUUCCGUAUGGCCUGGGAAGUCCCUCGUCUUCCCGUCGCCGUCGCCGUUCAGCGGAGCGCUGCGAAUGCCUCAACGCAGCCGAUAAAACCUGUUCCGGCUUCUGCCAAAAAAGCUCAGAGAACCCAAGGACGGAUGUCGUGGGCCCAUUGGUAGAAUCUGCAAGCACAAACAGCAAAUUGCUGGCAUCUUUCAGAUCUGUGGUCAAGUCCAACAUUGUGAUCGCAAAAGUGCUUCUGUCGUCAAAACCGGGUGGAGUAAAAACUGGCUGAGGAGAAGAACAACAACGGGGUAGAGGUCUGAGCGAACACCAGAAGCGGUUCAACCUCCAUGGAUUCAACCUCCAUGAGCCGGAGACUCCAGAGCAACCAGGGUUUGGAAACUUGUCAAGAGUUUAUCAACUCUGUGAAGGUGGAAGGAUUGAAGGCAUACGAGGCAGUAGAUCAAGCAUUGGAUCAACAAAUAAAGAGCCUCGGAGGACUGGCAGCUGGAAACAAUGCUGGGUGGAGACGUUUAGAGUCACUUCUUGAACUCUCUUUGAACCUUUUAACAACAGAUGCCAAGGAAGGAUCCAUUAAAGCCAACGACAUGGAAAACCGGUGUCUGGCCUUUUGGGGAACAACAUAAAGAAAUGACUAUUGUUAGGAUUGAUUGAUUCCUGGUUGUUUUCUUUAUAUGGACUCUUAUGACUCGUCUGAAAGGACAGUUUUAAAUCCACAACUCACCUACACUGAGGAUUAUAGGAUCAUUACAUAUUCCAGAGUCACAUUAACUCUGUAUUUAUCCGGGAAUUGUUUUUCAAUGUUUACUCUAAAGUCCUUGUCAUUGCUGACCUUUGGUUCAGUGACAUAUUCCUCUGUAUCAGAGCCUGAAUCUGCAGUCCUGCCUUGUGUUUAGGGCAAAUUGCUUUUUAAUUAUCAGGCAGUACUUGAAAAUGGCAGCUUGUUCACUCUUGGCACACAUUGCCUCAGUGAAAUGAAGGUCAUCUCUUUGGGAUUUAUCUCACAAUUAACUUUCUACAAGGUCCAUUGUCAGCUCCUAUACAGUCAAAUUUCUGCUAGCAUAACAACAACAGUCGGUCCAUUGUGUUGGCUCGAGUGUUUAUUGCAUAGCUCCUGUUUAAUGUUAUGAUUGAAGAUAAGCCAGAAGGUUUCAAUGAUGUGCAGCUUGCCAAGAAAUGCAACAAUCUCCCCCCCCCCGUGACAAAUGUUCACUUAAUUCCUCCGUUAUUAGCCACUGGGUAAUAAUGACUCCCGGCUUGUGUUAUGCACUUUUCAUCAGACACACGGAAAUAUAAAACUUAAUUUUAUCUCAGAAAAUGUUCAUCUUCAAAGUCUCAACUGAUAUUUUACCAGUUUGGAAGUUUACUGUUAAAUGCUGAUUUGUAUAAAGAACUAUUUAUUUAUUCUCUAACUUAUUCAGAGAUGUAUUUAUAUUUGUAUGAAUGAGGUUGUGUAUGAGAAAAUAAAACAAUGCAAGAACA